CUGCGGGACACGCCCCCCUCCAGUCAGAGUCACUUCGUCUAACCUGUUCCCCCGCGACUGCCCCGCCCGGUCCUCCGCUCCCCGCAGCUGGAGCCGGAGCCGGAGCCGGAGGAAAAGCCCCCCGGUGCCAGGAUCUGCCCCGACGCGCAGGCACCCUGCUCUGGCCCGCCCGGCACCAUGGACAGCGAAGCAUUCCAGUGUGCGAGGGACCUUCUGGAUCUGAACUUCCAGUCGCUGGCCAUGAAGCACAUGGACCUGAAACAGAUGGAGCUGGACACCGCCGCCGCCAAAGUGGACGAACUGACCAAACAGUUAGAGUCCUUGUGGUCAGACUCGCCAGCACCUGCUGGCACACAGGCUGGACCCCCCUCUAGGAUGUCCAGGUACAGCACAAGCCCUGUCCCCGAGCAUUUUGGCAGCAGAGGGUCCCCGCAGAAGAUAGCCACCGACGGCACAGAGUCCCGUUUUGGACGCUCGGAGAGUGCCCCGACCCUGCACCCCUACAGCCCUUUGUCCCCCAAAGGCAGGCCGUCCUCGCCGCGUACACCCAUCUACCUGCAGCCCGAUGCUUACAGCACUCUGGAUCGGGCACCAUCGCCCAGACCGCGCGCCUUCGACGGGGCGGGCAGUCCCCACGGCCGUGCACCGUCCCCGCGGCCGGCGACGGGCCCGGUGCGACAGCCAGGACCCCCGAUGCCCUUCGACUACCUGGGCCGUGCAGGAUCCCCCCGGGGCAGCCCCCUAGCUGAGGGGCCUCAGGCCUUCUUCCCAGAGCGCGGACCUUCCCCACGUCCACCUGCUGCAGCAUAUGAUGUGCCAGCCGCAUUCGGGAGCCCCCUGCUGGGCGCGGGUGGCAGUGCCUUCGCCCCGCCGCUUCGAGCGCAAGACGACUUGACGCUAAGGCGGAGGCCCCCAAAAGCCUGGAAUGAAUCUGACCUGGAUAUAGCCUACGAGAAAAAGUCUUCACAGACAGCGAGCUAUGAACGACUGGAUGUCUUCACACGGCCUGCUUCGCCGGGCCUGCAGCUCUUACCCUGGAGAGAGAGCAGCCUGGACGGGCUGGGAGCCAGUGGCAAGGACAACCUCACCAGUGCCACGUUGCCACGCAAUUACAAGGUGUCGCCGCUGGCCAGUGACAGGCGUUCUGACAAUGUCAGCUACCGCCGCUCUAUGGGCUCCACAGGGCCCUCAGGCACUUUGCCCCGAAGCUGGCAACCCGUCAGCCGCAUCCCCAUGCCCCCCUCCAACCCCCAGCCCCGCAGCGCCCCGCGCCAGCGCCCCAUCCCCCUCAGCAUGAUCUUUAAGCUCCAGAACGCUUUCUGGGAACAUGGAGCCAGCCGGGCUGUGCUCCCGGGAUCAUCCAUCUUCUCCCGAGCACCCCCACCUAAGCUGCCUCCCCAACCACCCACGCAGCCCCAGCUGCAGCCCCAACCCCAGCCUCAGGUGCCCCCCCAGUCCCAGGCCCAACCUCAGACUCCAGCACCCCAACAGACUUGGCCGCCAAUGAAUGAAGGCCUCCUCAAAUCUCCUGCCGAGCUGGAGCCGGAGCCUGAGCUAGAGGGCCUGUUGUUGGCUCCGGUGCUCGAGGCUGGGGAUGCCGACGAGGGCACCGUCGCUCGGCCUCUCAGCCCCACCAGGCUGCAGCCGGCGCUGCCACCCGAAGCACAGGCCGUACCUGAGCUGGAGGAGGUCGCCCGAGUGCUGGCAGAGAUUCCCCGACCCCUCAAACGCAGAGGCUCCAUGGAGCAGAGCCCAGCCGUGGCCCUGCCCCCCACCCACAAAAAACAAUACCAACAGAUCAUCAAUAGACUCUUCCAUCGGCAUGGCGGCCCAGGGCCUGGGGGCCCUGAGCCGGAGCUCUCCACCAUCACAGAGGGAUCUGAGGCCAGGGCAGGGCCGCCUGCUCCUGCUCCACCAGCUCCCAUCCCACCCCCGGCCCCAACCCAGAUCAGCCCUCCAGAGCAACCCCAAAGCAUGGAGAUGCGCUCCGUACUGCGCAAAGUGGGGUCCCCACGCAAGGCCCGGCGCGCUCGACUCAACCCACUGGUGCUGCUGUUGGAUGCAGCGCUGACUGGGGAGCUGGACGUGGUACAGCAGGCGGUGAAGGAGAUGAACGACCCAAGCCAGCCCAACGAGGAGGGCAUCACCGCCCUGCACAAUGCCAUCUGUGGGGCUAACUAUCCCAUCGUGGAUUUCCUCAUCGCCGCGGGCGCCAACGUCAACUCCCCCGACAGCCAUGGCUGGACACCACUGCACUGUGCGGCUUCCUGCAAUGACACUGCCAUCUGCACCGCACUGGUGCAGCACGGUGCUGCCAUCUUUGCCACCACACUCAGUGAUGGCGCCACCGCCAUCGAAAAGUGCGACCCCUACCGCGAGGGCUAUGCGGACUGUGCCACCUACCUGGCAGACGUUGAGCAAAGCAUGGGCCUGAUGCACAAUGGGGUUGUGUACGCACUAUGGGACUACAGCGCCGAGUUCGGGGACGAGCUGUCUUUCCGCGAGGGCGACUCGGUUACUGUGCUGCGGAGGGACGGGCCAGAGGAGACCGACUGGUGGUGGGCCGCGCUGCACGGCCAGGAGGGCUACGUGCCACGCAACUACUUCGGGCUCUUCCCUAGAGUGAAGACUCAGAGAAGCAAAAUCUAGCAGGAAUGAAGGAGAAACUUGUAAGCCGGGGUGCCUUCCACCAGACCUGCCCCAUCCACCUCCUGCACCCUAAUCUCCAGAGGGGCUCUGGCCUGCACCGGAAGUUCUCUGCUUCUCCACAGGCUUAAGGGAGGGCAGCCCCAGACUGACAAUUAGGAAGCAGCCUUAAGCAUUGGGGUGAGGUGGGGCUAGAGA